UGGCCACUCAGACAGCCAGCCGAGAGCCCGCAUUUUGCCCACGCUCUCAGUACGUACCGGAUCUCUGCCCUGAGCUUUGGUGUGGAGUGGAGGUCCAGGGCCUCUCUUCAUCCUGCCUCAGGUGUCAAGGAGGCCAUCUCCGCAUUAUCCAUGUCACAUGACCCGUCAGUGGCAUGACGGAGGCCCGGCUCGGCAGGCAACCUGACUCCAUGGCACCACGAUGAUGCGUAUCUGACCUGCCUUACCACUUCGUACUUCCACCAGACAUUCCAAGCACCCCCAGCACAUCAUCCUUCUCUGGGACCGCCAACUCCGCGCGGAGAGACACCCACUCCGUACUUCCGCACUUCCGGCGAACACCAUCGACCACUGCCUAAUUUUGCAACAACUUCACGAAAGGCCGUCUGCGCCGACCCUGCUAUCUCGAUACCUCGAAUCCUACGACUUUCACAAUGUUCGCCACAAAGCCUCUGAGCUCUAUCAAAAAUGCCAUUCCCUCGAUUCACCAGCCGCUACCCCUCUCGUCGAAGCAGUCCAAGAAGCUUCUCAAUGUCUUGAAGACUUCCUUCCGCAAAAAUCUCGACAAAGAGCAUGGCUUCGCCCCCGAGACUACCGACUUGGCCGCGGCCAAGGCUACUUCGUCAACACACUCCCCGUCUCGCCCGACCGACCAACAUCUUCGCUCCAUUCUCUCCAACCCGCUAUUCAAGAUUGGCGCUCAACUAGGCAAUGUCCCCUCCGCAAGUUCCAGUCCUAGAGAUCCGAUGGACGUGUUCGAUGAGGCAGUAUCGCGAGGUAUGAUGACAAAUCGUGCGGCACAAGGCUGUCUGAAGGCGAAACGACUGCAGAUUCUCCAAUCCAGUACCCUGUCAGUGGAGGACUCAAUGGCGGCAUCUGCAGCUGGUUUGCGGGUAGUUCAGUGGUUGAGGUCAUCUGGCCAGGAACGGAACCUGGAAUUUCUCGCCGACGUCGGCCUGAGCCGUGAGCUCCUCACGUUCAUGGUUGCAGAGGGGCUGGAGGAGGUUGCGUGGACGUGGGCGGACCGACUGGUUCGCGGCGAAGGACCUGCAGAUGGCUCCAGCCAGAUUGUGGGAUUCUUAGUCGCCAACCUGGUGCGGGCAAAGUCUAGAUUGGAGGACCGCAGCCUAGACACGGCAUUUUCAACAAUGCUAAGAGCGGAAACCACUUGGAAGGCGAAUUCUCAACUUCCUCAGAUUCUCUGGCAACCUUUCCGCCAUCUUUCCUGGGAAGCCACAGUCGAUGCGUGGAAGCGACCACUACCCUCCGCGCCGCUAUACGAGUCCUUCGCCAGGACCGCUACCUACCAACGGCCCCUGAUCAAAACUAUCAGACUCGACCGCGCACAUUUGGACCUCCAUCAUCCUACUAACCCAGAUCACACGGGGGCCUUGGCUGUGCUCCGUUGGUUUUUGGAGGAUCGGGGCACCCUGGAAGGCGACGGCCGUCUACCUAGAAGACUGAGGACAAUGGCCAUGGAUAUUGUCACCCAUCUCACAAAGAUCGGCCGGGCUGAAAGUGCCGAUACGGUCCUGCGCCUGUUGCACGAUAACUCUUCGACCAACCCGUGGCAGCAGCCCGGGCCACUGAAUGUGUGAGCCAUAUGAGAGGCUUUGUCUUUCAAGCUCACACCAACACAUCUACCAGCACACUCGGCAUCACUCCUGCCGCCGUCGUCUUGGUAGGGAGACCGGAUCACGCCACAUGCCAAGUUGUCGUUGAUCUGACAAUCUCUUCUCACACAGGGCCUGCCUGACAAAAUCCAGAGCCGCGCCAUCGUCGGUCGCCGAAGAAUCGACGCUGCUGGCUCUAUUAAGAAUGGCUCGAUACAAUCAGGUGGACAGAUUAAGUCCGGAUUGGGGACCACACCAAUUUCUGCAAUUGCCGGCCAAAUAUCCAUGAGAAGUGUCGUAAUCAACCUACGACUGGAUGUAGCAAGGCUGAUGGCUGCUGGCGACAGACCGCCUCUUUUUUAGAAUAUAGCUUAUGAGAUACCCGCAAAUGAACAAUCAUUUCAACCCAUC